GUUGUGUGAAGCCGCAGCAGUCUGCAGGAGAGAGAGAGAGAGAGAGAGACAGCGGGGCCGCCUGCUGUCGCAUACGGCUCGGCCCGGAGACGUCGGUGCUUCGCUGGGCCCCUCAUCGCGCUCAUCAUGGAGUUUUUAAUGGGGAAUCCGUUCAGCACGCCCGUGGGACAGCGCAUCGAGCGUGCGACCAGCUCCAGCCUGCCAUCUGAAGACUGGGAACUCAACAUGGAAAUCUGUGACAUAAUCAACAGCUCAGAGGAAGGGCCCAAAGAUGCACUCAGAGCCAUAAAAAAAAGGAUUGUGGGGAAUAAGAACUUCAAGGAGGUUAUGCUAACGCUGACUGUCCUCGAGACCUGCGUGAAGAACUGCGGCUACAGAUUUCACAUCCUGGUCACAACGCGCGAUUUCAUAGAAGGGGUUCUGGUGCGGUCGAUUAUCCCGAGGAACAACCCUCCACAAAUCCUACAUGACAGAGUGCUUGGCAUCAUACAGGCGUGGGCCGAUGCAUUCCGCAGCUCACCCGACCUGACGGGUGUGGUAUCGGUCUACGAAGACCUGCGAAGGAAAGGACUCGAGUUCCCUGCCAAUCAGCUGGAAGGUUACACACCACCCGAAGCCCCGAAAAAGACUUUGCCUGGCAAUGGGCCUGCUGUUACUACUCUGCCUGCUGUACUCCUGUCUUCCAAACCGCUCAUCCCACCUCAGACCUCUGAUCUAAAACUGGCCCUUGAGGGAAACAAUGCCUUGACUCCCAGCCAGGUGAAGAAGCUAAAGGCAGAGCUAGGAGUGGUGCGCAGCAACCUGACUAUGAUGUCAGAUUUGAUGAGUCAACUAGAUCCAGUUACGGUAAAACAAGCAGACAUGGAGCUGCUGGAGUUAUACACAGUAUGUAAAGAAAUGCAAGACAGGAUAGCGAAGAUAGUCCCCAGACUCAGCGAGGAGAAGCUGAUCGAAGAGUUACUAGCAACUAAUGAUGAAAUGAACACCGCCUUCAAUCGCUACCACAGGUUUGAACGACGAAUAACAAACGGUCAGAACGCAGCACAGAAGGGCCACACCUACGUCAACUUAACAGAGCUAGACUUGAAGACUGACAGCCAAUCAGAGGCGGCUUCAGUUACCAAUGACAGCUCAAUGAGUUUUCCAAAAUCUGACAGUUUGUCCAGUCAGAUGGCAAAACUUAGUACAAGUGAAUCAGAUGACACUUUAUCACAGAAAAUACAUGUGUCAACUCAACAAAGACCAAGAGACGGGAGAGAAGUUGUGGUGGACGGUCUUGCUCAAGCUCAGGACAGCAGACUACAAAACACUGAACCUGAUGGCAGUCCAGCUUCCACUCGCAGCUCUUCACCAAAGUUAGAUUGGAUGAUUAAAAGGGGAAUGAUUCCUAUCACCCAGUCCAGUGUAAUGGAUGAUAUUGAGAAAUGGCUUGCUUUGGAUGAUGAGUAUGAUGACUUUGAGGACUCCGAUGGUGUGACCAGUGAAGAGUUCGACAGGUUUCUGGCAGAGAGAGCGAAAGCGGCCGAGCGUCUGCCGUCCCUGAGAGCGUCCUCGCAAGACAACUCAGAGUCUUAAAGUCUCACCUAAACCUGCCAAAACUAACAUUACUCAUGAAGCUCCUGCGCCACCUGCUGGAUAAUGGAGAUUUCUUAUUAAUGAACGGUUGAAUGGCACAAUUAACAUUGGAAAUGACAUUGUAUAUGUGUACCCCGCUCUUUUGCUGGGGGGAGCAAAUGUGUUUUUUAACUUAAAACUAAUGUCUGAGGAAAGACCGAAGUUUUUACUUGACGUUGUUACGAGGGUUGAUCCACAAGCAAACAUUUGCACAUUUUUUAUGGUUACAUUCCUGCUGUUAAAUGAGAAUAUUGUUACAAACUUUGCAACAUAGAUGAUGUACUAUAUUGCUGUUAUAUAUACAUAUAUAUAUAUAUAUUGUUAAAGAUGAUGAUGAGGUACAGAAAUGCCCCUGUCAAAGUAGCAAACACUUGUAAGAGAAGCUCAGCCAUAACUCGCGGUAAUAGUUUGAGGCUUUAUGUCGUUGUUGAUGUCGGAUGCUGAAGAAAAUUGAUGAGUUUUUUUCACAUUCAGCUUGUCCCUAUGAAGAUGUUUUACUUGAAGUUUAACAACAAGUGAUGACACACUGCUGUCAUAUUAAACUAAAAGUAUUAACUGGAGAUUUGUGUGUUUGCAGUCUGUCUU